CGCUCUCACUCUCACACACACACACACCCCCACACUCUCAGAGCACAUUGCUAUUAAUUCAUAGGCACGUUGUGUAGCAUUCGGGUCAAGCUCGCGUGGAGGAUUCGCAAUGGCAAGCGUUGCAGCGCAAGCGUCGUCACGGGGCUCAUCGCUCAUCGCCAUCAUCGCCGACGAGGAUACAGUAACAGGAUUUUUGCUAGCAGGUGUGGGCAAUGUAGACCUACGCCGAAAGACCAACUACCUAGUUGUGGACAACAAGACCACUGUGAAGCAAAUCGAGGAUUCAUUUAAGGAAUUCACCAACCGUGAGGACAUAGCUAUCGUUCUCAUAAGUCAAUAUAUUGCCAACAUGAUUCGCUUCAUGAUUGAUAGUUACUCUAAACCACUUCCAGCGAUACUCGAGAUACCAUCAAAGGACCAUCCUUAUGACCCAAGUCAAGAUUCGAUCUUGUCACGAGUGAAGCACAUGUUUUCAAGUGAUCCUUCUGAGGGUUCUGCCCGCAAAUGAGUUUUUUUCCAGAGGAUUUCGCAUGUUGUAUUGAGUUGUAUAGAAACCCGUCCUCUUAUAAGCAGGCGGUAAUUUAGUGUAAUAAGAAGACCUCAUGUUAAGAGUGCAUUGGAUCAUCGUCUUAAUUGUUUAAUUGUGCCGAGGCAUUUGUUCCACGCUACCCAUGUGUCCUUGGUAUUGUACCCUUAUCAAUCUCAAAAACUGUACUAUAA